GUUGCUUCGAAAAGCUCUUGAUAAAAUAACUGAAAUAAAGGCCAUAAGAGAACAUCGUAGAUUCGAUUCAGAUCGUCCGAAGCCAAUUAUGAGGAGAGGUGUUUUAAUGAGUUUAUUACAACAGAAUGCUGUCACACUACCACUGUGGGUCAGCAAACCUGGAGAAAAACCACCACCUCUCUGUGGGGCCGUAGCCGCAGAUAAUAACUAUGUCGCCAAGCCUACGGACAAGGUGGCGGCAAGGGUGAAAUCCUCGGAUGGAGAAGAGAACUGGAUUUUAGCUGAGGUUGUUUCUUAUAAUACCAGUACAAACAAAUAUGAGGUGGAUGAUAUAGACGCGGAAGAAGGAAAAGAACGUCAUACACUUAGUAAAAGAAAGAUAGUUCCACUUCCUAUAUGGAAAGCUUCACCCGAGACAGAUCCUGAAGCUUUGUUUCCCAAACAUACUUUGGUGCUAGCACUUUAUCCUCAAACCACUUGUUUUUACAGAGCUCUUAUACAUGAACCUCCGAAAAAGCCCCAAGAUGAUUAUUCAGUAUUAUUUGAGGACACUUCAUAUCCUAAUGGUUAUUCGCCGCCAUUGAUGGUUGCUCAAAGAUACGUUAUUAUAUGUAAAGAGGACAAGAAAAAAUAGUUCCCUAAUUGUUCCUGUGUUAACAGAAGUGACAUUUUAGUGUAAUAUUAAUUUAUUUUAACCCAAAGGGAACUAGUGAUAUCCUUGAAGAUUGGACAAUCAGAAUAUAUACUCUUACUUUUAGAAGCUCAAUAAUGAGGACAGAUGGAGAACAAAUAGAUAUUUUCCAUGAAUGACGUCCCUUGAAUUUGUGUUACAGACUGAAAACAAAAAAUAGUUCAUUUUAAGAUUUGAUAUGAAAUAUAUUUCAAUGAUAUUAACCUUUUACUUACAGCAUUUUUAAGAUAACCACACUGUUUGAUAUAUAUUGUAUUAUGGUGCUGUAAAUUAAGUUGUAACAAAAAUCUAAUGCAUAGAUCUCUGACCUGUUUAGUUCUAAUUAUCAGAGAAGUGUAUACAAUAUGAACUUCACCACAACCUAUUUGUUAACAAAAGAGCACAUGUCAAUGUUAGUGGUUUAAUCUAUUGUUAUUUGAAUAAAAGGUCAGAGACGGGAUCUAUCAAUGGAUUAGCUAUCUGAUGCUAAAAUAGUGGUAAUUAUAAGGCCAGGGUUUCAAUAUCAGUGGGUUGGUGGACGUAAUACUCUACAGAAGGCCACGUUACAGAGGUUGCACUGUAAUUGAUUGAACUAGAUAAUGUAGUAUGUACGGAAUAUAUACCAUGGAUAACCAAUGAUGCAAUUGAACUAAAAUGUUGAUAGUGAGUUAAGGUUUGGGUUUUAGUAUCAAGGGAUAGGUAUUUUCUUAGUUAAAUGAAAUGGUUGUGAAAUACAUGUAUUCCUUCUUUCCUUCCUUGAUUUGAUCAAGUCCACAUUAUCGGUUGAUUAAAUCUCCGUUAUUGAUUGUUCAUUAUAUUAAUUAACCUGCUAGCCCCUAUAUUGAUUAACUUUUAGACUGCUGGCAGCUACAGAAACUUCCCAUGCGACCAGUGCAGAUCAAGAAUAGCCGACACACUUGUCAGUUUAAAAUCAAUAUUCUAUCAUUUUCACUAUAUAAUGAAAACAAGUCCACUCUAUUUAUUGGUCAACGAAUAAAGUUUUUUAACAAGACUUAUAUUGAAUGCUCAAGGUAAUAAUUUUAUUGUAUGAAAAUGUGAACUUGAUUAUGAAAAAUGAAAAUGUCAAGUUAAGUUUGAAAAUGUGAAUUUGUUUCUUGAGAAUGUAAAUCUGGUAAGGGAAAGGUGAAGUUGAUAAUGAAAUGUGAAUUUGAUGAUGAAAAUAAAUAUUUUAUUAUGAAAAUGUGCAUUUUAUUAUGAAAAGUAGAUGAUAAGAAGCCGAUUAUGAAAAAUGUCAAAUAAUUGAAUUGAUUGUAUGACAUGUAUAACAUAUGUGACUGCUAAAAAUGUGUUGAGAAAUUUCAAGUGCAAUAUAUGAACUUGGUUCAAUUUAAGAGCAGUUUAUUGUAUUUUAGAGUGUAUAUUGUUUUUUUUUUCUUACCAAUAUUUUUUCUAUCUAUUGUUUUGUACAUCUUUGAUUUAGGACAAGAAAUUGUGUUCAUUCAAUUUAAUUUGAACAAAAUGUUAAUAUUCUAGUACAUGUAUGUUUAUUCUUAUAAAUUUUUGUAUGAGACGUAGCAGUGUAUAUAAAAAGAUAGAAAGGAAUUUUUUGGUGAUUAUUAGUCCGAAGGUAAAUUAGGUUAUAUGCUGCUUGUCCAUUUGUCCGUAUGCCACAUUGAUGUUCAUUCAGUAGCUUCAUAACUAGAGGGUGUGCUGUCUUCAUACUUAGUAUGGAGACUGGUCAUGACCUGUAGAUGACACAUUUUGAUUUCAAGGUCAUUCGUUCAAAAGGUCAAGGUCAUAGUGAUAUUUAAUGGAAAGUCCUUGUACACUCAAUAAUAAAUGAUAUGGGAAGGAAUAUGCUUAGGUUUGUGAAAGUUGGUAGGAACAUUGCUAAUGGGAGGUUGAUAAUCCCUAUGUUGAUUUUAAGGCCAAAUGUCACAGUGACACUUGUGUAAAAUUCUUGUCUUGAAAACCUUAAACAGCACAUAUUUUGGAAGUAUGAUGCUCUAACAAGCAGUGCUCUUGUUUUUAUAUUGUAAUGCUUUCUUUUCUUCCAAUGAGAAGCUGCUUCAUUUUAUGUAUUUGAGAUGCUUUGACCUUUGGCCAUUGAGUGGAUUCAAGAAAAAUUAACAAAAAUGCUUAGAUUGUGAGGUCAACAGGGGUGUACCUAGCCUAUGGGUUUAUGAUUAUUGACUUCAAAACCACUUAAACCUUCACAAAGGUUGGUUCAAAUCCCACUGGGGACUUUUAAAUUCUUUCAAGCUACC